AUGCCUUGCCUGGGAUCACGCAAGAAAUCCACCGCUUCCACCGCCAGCAGACAGCAAAGUACGUCCUAUAUAGUAAACGGAAGAUUCAUGCCACCUAAUUACGUUGAGCCCACUUUGUCCUCAGGUAUCAAUGGCUCAACGAAAGCAGAAAGUGUCGCUAGUCAACAAUCUCAAACUGCAGCGCAGAUAAGGCUGGAAUACAAUGAAUUGCAGUCAAAAGCAAGUAUAUCAUCCCCUUCCCUUCUCGUGACAAAUAACAAGGCUCAUCUGGAGACGAUUGCAAAGCAAACUUCUGAGCUAGAGAAAUUAAGACAGCAGCUUAAUGAAUCUGUCACAUGUCAGCUCUCCAUCGCUGAAUCAACAGCAGUACCCAAAGAGGACCAAGGCAACGGCGAAACCACAAUGGCGUUACUAAGCCUGGAAGCACGGAACAAGGAAACCUUAGCAACCUUGGCAGAAAAGGAGGCUUUGCUCGAAAAGAAAGAGCAACAACUCCAAGAAUUGAUGCAGAAAAUGCAUCAGCAGCAGCAGCAGCAGCAGCAAGAAAGCACCAUGACUACCACCGCUGUAGAGUCAGCAAGCAGUACCAGUGUCGAACACGAGGAUUUGUACACUCAAUUGGCUGAAAAAGACAAAUUACUGCAAGAUCAACAAGCGCAGUUGGAGGAACUGAAAGCUCAGUGGGAAGCAGAGAGGGCUGAAUUGAUCAAGCCUGCUUUGAAACAAGUUACGGCUCAAUUGGAGGAGCUAAAAGAGACUAACAAAUUUGCUGUGGAGAGAUUAACCGAGAAAGAAAAUGAACUGGCAGAACUUCGCUCUCAAUUGAACAGAAGAGAUAGAAAGCCAAAGCACUCAUCCUCCAGAGAACAGGAGCAUCAAAAGAGGCUGAACAGACUCACGAUGGAUUUGGAGAACGAUCGUUUAUUAAUACAACGACUGGAUGAACUCAAUCAGCAGUUAGAGACACAAAAGCAAAAGCAUGAAUCCAUUCUUGCAUCACAUGCCAAGGCACUCGCUGAAAAGGACCAAGCUCUUGUUCAGCAUGAAAAAUCAUUAAAGCAACUGAAAAUGAACCAUGAAAACGCCACAAAGUCAUUGGAACAAGGGCAUUUGCAUCAGUUGAAAAAGCUACAGCUGCAACAUGAAAAGGCAUUGGAGGAUCUGAAAAAGAGACUCAAAUAUGCAGAGUCUCACGCAAAGUCAACGGUCAAUGAUGAGCUGGAUCAGAUAUUGGUCGAGUUUGAGCAAUCCCAACACAUGCAUUCGGCACAAGUGGCUUCGUUGCAACAAUCCUACCAAGAACAGAUUUCAGUGAUGCGGUUGGGCCAGCAAGCAGAGAUAAGACGUCUGAUAGGCAGCAGCAGCAGCGGUAGCAGCACUGUUUCCAAGUUGAGAAACAAUGCAAAGUUCAACUGGCCACCUGUAGCCGUCUAA